AUGUCUGAAUCUUGUAAAAGGAUUAUUAGUAACUAUAUUUGCAAUACUGAAAAUUUGUUGGGACAAGGCUUAAUUUGUACAGUAAUUUUAAUGUUAAAACUUAGGUCUAUGAAGCAAAAUAUUUAGAGACAAAUAAGUAUGUGGCAUUAAAACAAAUAUCAAAAAAACCUAAAUAAUGGGAAAAAAUGACUGCAUCAAAAUUAGAAUAAUCAUACAAAUUAGAAUUAGCUAUCUUAAAACAGUGUUAAGAAAGAUUUCAUAAAAAUAUAAUUUCCUUAUUGGAUAACUUUGAAACUCAAGAUCAUUUUUAUAUAGUUUUAGAAUUAUGUGAUUGUAAAUUACAAAUCAAAUAUUUUAGCAAAUCUUAAGGAGUAUUUAGAGAAAUAAUAAAAUAAACGAUUAGAGGAAUAGUAGGCUAUUGAUAUUUUAAAAUAAAUUGUUGAAGGUGAAAAAUGGUAUUUAAUAUUGAAAUUUCUUUUUUAUAGUCUACAUGAAUUAAAAUACUGUCAUCGAGAUAUUAAACCUGAAAAUAUUUUACUCAAAGAUGGUUGUGUAAAAAUAACAGAUGUCAACUUAGCAAAAAAUAUAGAGGAUAUGUAUUAAGCAGCAUAACACUCAAGUGUGGGGACUCCUUUUUAUUUAGCCCCUGAAGUUAAUUCUAAACAAAUAUAUUGCCCUUAUAAAGCUGAUAUUUAUUCAUUAGGAGUUGUAUUAUAUGAAAUGGUUUAUGGCUUGGUUGAUAAAUCAAAGGAAAUAAUUAAUUUUAACAAUAAAAUUAAAGAUAGCUAGCUUAACAUUAGCCAGGACUUAAAGAAACUUAUUAUUUCAAUGUUAGAUUCAGAUCCUGAAAAAAGAGCUAAUUGGUCAGAUGUAUCGACUUUUAUUAAUUAAUAUAAAAAUUGUAAAGUUCGUUUUUUAAAUCAAAUAAUAAGAGACUUUGGCGAAUUAUAAAAUUUAAUAAAAGAUAAAGAUAUAAAUAUAUGUUUAUAUCCAAGUGGUCUUCUGAUUAUAAAAUUAAUUAAUAAACUUAUACAAGAAAGAUAAUUAGAAUUAUAAAAAUUAAAUAAAUAUGAAGAAGCUAAUUAAAUGAAAUAACAUUAGGAAGGUAGAGUUUAUUUGUAAAAAUCUAAGUAUAAAAAUAUAGAUUUUAUUUAGGUAAUGGUAUGAAAGUCAAAUAAAAGCUAAAAAUUAAGUAAUUUGUUAAUCUGACGACCUGAGAGAUGAAUUUAGAUAUUCAGAUAGAAAUAGCAAAUUUAAUAAACAUUUUCAAUGUUAUCUAGUUGCUUUUUUCAAUUAAUUAAACAAUUUUCGGUUUAAAGAAGAAGAGUAGAAUAUCUAAAUUAAACUUUUAAAACUUAAAAUAAUAAUUGCCUGUGAUCUACUAAAUGACUUAGUAAAAUUAAUAUUUUAUUAUUAGGAAAAAGUACAAACAUUAUUAAGUUAAAAUUUGCUUUAAUAAGGAUAAAAUAUUUUAGGCUUUUGUUAAAAUUUGAAGGAUAUUAAAGAAAUAGAAGAGUAUACAAAAGCUUUAUUACCAUUAAUUGAUUAAAUCCCCAAUGAUUUAUGA